CCUACAAGGAUUCGGACUUGUCUAAUUUUUCACUAUAAAUAUAGGCUAUGCCUUAUACACUAAACAGUACUACCAAAUUCCUAAUACUGAAUUAACAUCUAAUUAAUCACCAUGUCUUCUUCUUCAAGAUCAGCUUUAGUAUUCUUCUGUUUCUUCUUCUUGUUGUUUGUUUCUGCUGCACAAGCACAGUCCUCUCCGUGGCCUCGGUUUCCCUGGUUUUUUCACAGAUAUCCGCCCCACACAGCGCCUCCUCUCAACAGCAAUUACCAUCAGAUCAAUCUGCCAGGACGGGUUCUUGGUCCGGAAAGUCUCGCUUUUGAUUGCAAUGGACGCGGACCCUACGUUGGUGUUUCAGACGGCAGAGUCCUUAGAUGGCACGAAACUACGCAGAGUUGGGUCGAGUUUGCUGUCACGUCGCCUCAUCGCAAUAGGCUUCUAUGCGACGGAUCCUCAAAUAAAGCAUACGAGCCAAUCUGUGGGAGACCAUUAGGUCUGAAGUUCCAUCCGAAAACAUGCGAGUUGUACAUCGCUGAUGCCUACUUCGGACUGCUAAAAGUAGGAAGAAACGGAGGUGUUGCUACUCAACUCGCUACUUCUGCUGAGAGCAUUCCAUUCAGAUUUCUUAACGACUUGGAUGUCAAUCCUGAAACGGGAGUCGUUUAUUUUACGGACAGCAGUAUUCGCUACGAAAGAAGGGAUUUCAACCAACUGAUUAAUGCUCGAGAUAGAAGUGGAAGGCUACUAAAAUACGAUCCAAUAACUCGAGAAGUUAGCGUGUUAUACAGAGGAUUAGCAUUUCCAAACGGGGUUGUUUUGGCCAAAGAUAACUCGUAUCUUUUACUUGUGGAGUCUACAAAUAAUCAAAUUCUCAAGUUUCUACUCUAUAAUGAUCAUCACUAUGGAGUUCCACAAGUAUUUGCGAGGGUUGAUCGAUUUCCUGAUAACAUCAGAAGAACCGAAGACGGUCACUUCUGGGUCGCAUUAAACACCGAAAGAAAUCUUCAGAGCGGCGUAGCAGUUCCUGUUGGAGUUAAAUUUGAUGAAUAUGGAAGGCUUAUUAGAGUUGUGAAUGGCGAUGGUCGCAAUAGUUUGGAAUUUGUUAGCGAGAUUGAAGAACAUAACGGACGAUUGUGGUUCGGAUCUCCCAAGCAACCUUAUGUUGGAACCAUCCCAAAUUAGCCAAUUUCAUAUGUGUAGUUUGAUGAGAAUUUUUAUGUAAUGAUUAGCAUUGUUAGUUUCCGGAUAGUUUAUGAGCUUUAGUUUGUUGUUUUUAGUAAUUCUUUUUUACAUUUUAUCAUGUUUUAUCCGAAUUUAAGAAAAAUAAAUAAAUUCAUGGUUAUGUUAUGUCA